AUGCAGUGCUAUACUGAGCUCUCACCUCCUACAGGAGUGACUCAUGCUCUGGCAGUGCCUUUCCUUUCUGCGAAUUCCAACAAUCUUGUCGUCGCCAGAACGUCGCUUCUCCAAAUAUUCUCUUUACGCAACGUAUCGCCGGACACAAACAUCAGCCGACACAAACUGAUCUUGGAGAGGGAAUAUCCGCUGCCCGGAACCGUGACUGGUCUCUGUCGGGUCAAGAUAAUAAAGACAAAGAGUGGCGGAGAUGCGGUACUGGUUGCUCUUCGGGAUGCGAAACUGAGCUUAAUUGAAUGGGACCCGGAGCGCCAUGGAAUUGCAACCAUUUCCAUCCACUACUACGAGCGCGAUGAUAUGAGCCGUAGUCCGUGGGUGUCGGAUCUGAGCAAUUGCGGCAGUAUCUUAAGCGCAGAUCCGAGUAGUCGAUGUGCGGUUUUUCAGUUCGGCGCUCGAAAUCUUGCCAUUAUACCUUUCCACCAACCUGGGGAUGAUUUGGUUAUGGAUGACUUGUCCGGCAACGAGCAUGCACCGAAUGCCACAGAAUAUACAACUCCAUACGCAUCAUCAUUCGUCUUACCUCUGACUGCAUUGGACCCUUCAGUUAUUCACCCCAUCAGUCUGGCGUUCCUCCACGAAUAUAGGGAGCCAACUUUUGGCAUAUUGUACUCGCAAGUUGCAACCUCAAAUGCCCUACUUCACGAACGAAAAGAUGUUGUUUUUUAUACGGUUUUUACGCUUGAUUUAGAACAACGUGCCUCUACAACUUUACUUUCUGUUACUAGACUGCCUAGCGACCUGUUUAAGGUGGUAGCUCUCCCCCCUCCUGUAGGAGGGUCGCUACUCAUCGGAUCAAACGAACUCGUGCAUAUUGAUCAGGCGGGGAAAACUAAUGCAGUCGGGAUAAAUGAGUUCUCGAGACAAGCUUCUUCAUUCUCCAUGACCGAUCAAUCCGACUUGAGCCUUCGUCUCGAGAAUUGUGUUGUGGAGCGCUUUUCUGAACAUAAUGGCGACCUUCUUUUGGCACUUUCAACAGGAGAUUUGGCCCUGGUAAGCUUCAAGCUUGAUGGAAGAUCAGUUUCUGGAAUAUCGGUUCAACCCCUGUCAAGUCAAACAGAGAAAUUCCUGGCUUCAACCGCAUCAUCUUCGGCUUUCCUCGGCAACGGAAAGAUCUUCUUCGGCAGUGAGGACGCAGAUUCAGUUCUACUGGGCUGGUCUUCUUGCCUCCCACCAAAGAGGUCUAUCUCUGGAAACACUUCGAAUGAUGAAAGUGAAGACGACGCUUACGAAGACGAUUUAUACUCUGCGCCUAAUAUGGCAGCACCUAAAAAUCUGCCAUCGUUCGGUGAUUUGCAAACCCAUGACAGACUUUUCAGCCCCGGCCCCAUCAGAGAUCUUGUACUCGGGAAGAAUAAAGACGUGCUUGAGCUAGUUGCAGCUCAAGGCUCGGGUGAAGGCGGUGCAAUGGUGAUCAUGAAACGGGAGAUUGAUCCUCAUCACGUUACAUCAAUGGCCACAGAUUCAACAAACUUCCUAUGGACUGUCUCCCUGCUCGGAGACCGCGACUAUGUCAUUCUACAGAAAGAUACAGAGUCGUCCGAAGUGUUCAUCCUUGAGGAUGAGCUAAAACCUUUCACGGCGCCUGAGUUCAAUCCAAACCACGACUUGACUAUAGAAGUUGGAGUCUGCAAAAAUAGGGUAGUUCAGAUUCUGAGAAACGAGGUCCGGAGUUAUGAUGCUGACUUGGGGUUGGCCCAAAUUUAUCCAGUAUGGGAUGAGGACGAUAGCGAUGAAAGAGUGGCUGUCAGCGCUAGUAUUGCGGAUCCUUAUUUGGUUAUCAUACGUGAUGAUUCAACUUUACUCCUGCUCCAAGCGGAUGAUAGCGGAGAUCUAGAUGAAGUGACCGUGCCCCAAGACAUUGCAAGUCAAAAGUGGUUAUCCGGCUGCCUUUAUAGUGAUAAGACUGGAUUUUUCCUCUCGUCAGUUCUUUUUUUACUGAACCAGGACCAUCAGCUUUUUGCUGACAACCAGAUUUUCCAACUGCCCGACCUAAGGUUGAUGAUUGACAUCAAAGGGGUCGGCUGUUUACCACCUAUCCUAUCUACUGAGCCUCCCAAACGAUCGACUACGCGUGAGAACGUGAUACAAGUGUCUGUCGCGGACCUUGGUGACUAUCACAGCAGCUUCCCCUAUUUGAUUCUACGAACCGAAAAUGAUGACCUGGUUAUGUAUAGGCCGUUCUUGCCUUCCACCAAAGAACUGGCUGGCUUGAAAUUUUUGAAAGAGUCUACCACCCCAGAAUCAGGGCCGAUUCGCACCUUACCGAAUGUCUCAGGCCAUAGCGGCAUCUUCAUGCCUGGGCCUUCAGCGGGCUUCGUCUUUCGAUCUGCAUCAACCUCGCCCCAUUUUAUUCGCCUGAGAGGUGACCAUACCAAGGGACUGGGUUGCUUUGACUCCCCUGAUAAGGGUUUUGUUUACCUUGACUCAAAUGCUCUUCAUUUAGCCAGAUUUCCAUCGGGAACACAGCUUGGCUACCCAUGGUUAUUAAGAAGGGUCUCAAUAGGCGAGCAGAUUGACAAGCUAGCGUACGCAUCUGCUUUUGACACAUAUGUACUGGGGACUUGCCAGAGAUCUGAGUUCAAGUUACCAGAAGAUGAUGAAUUACAUCCGGAGUGGCGUAACGAAGUAAUCUCUUUCCUACCGGAGGUGGACCAAAGCUCGCUAAAGAUCGUGAGUCCGAAAACGUGGUCUGUUAUUGAUAGCUAUCCACUAGAGCCCGCUGAACAUAUAAUGGCCAUGAAAACCAUGAGCCUAGAGGUUUCUGAAAACACACACGAACGUAGGGAUAUGAUUGUGGUGGGGACUUCGCUGGCCCGCGGAGAAGACAUACCGUCUCGCGGCUGUAUAUAUGUUUUUGAAGUCAUCGAAGUGGUUCCCGACCCAGACCAGCCGGAGACGAAUCGCAGACUGAAGCUUAUUGGCAAAGAGCCAGUAAAGGGAGCUGUUACUGCACUAUCCGAAAUUGGGGGCCAGGGCUUCCUGAUCGCGGCGCAAGGCCAAAAGAGCAUGGUUAGAGGUCUGAAAGAGGACGGAAGCCUUCUGCCUGUUGCAUUCAUGGAUAUGCAAUGCUAUGUCAGCGUCGUAAAGGAACUCAAAGGAACCGGAAUGUGUAUUCUCGGAGACGCAGUGAAAGGUAUCUGGUUCGCGGGGUAUUCGGAGGAGCCCUAUAAAAUGAGUCUCUUCGCCAAAGACCUUGAUUAUCUUGAGGUGAUGGCGGCAGACUUUCUUCCCGACGGCAAUAAGCUAUUCAUUGUCGUUGCCGAUAGUGACUGUAACCUCUAUGUACUCCAGUACGACCCUGAGGAUCCAAACUCAUCCAACGGCGAUAAACUGCUGAACCGCAGCAAGUUUCACACGGGCAACUUCGCCUCCUCCGUGACACUUCUGCCACGAACCCUGGUCUCCUCCGAGCGCGCCAUGUCCGGCUCGGACGACAUGGACAUGGACAGCGCAGCACCACUCCAUCAGAUCCUCGUAACCUCUCAUAAUGGCUCCAUCGGCCUAGUCACCUGCGUCCCGGAGGAAUCGUACCGCCGCCUCUCGGCCCUUCAAUCCCAACUAACCAACACCCUUGAGCACCCGUGCGGCCUCAACCCUCGCGCCUACCGCGCCGUCGAGAGCGACGCUAGUGCUGGCAGAGGCAUGCUCGAUAGCAAUCUGCUUCUGCAGUAUCUGGAUAUGAGCAAACAGCGCAAGGCGGAGAUUGCGGGAAGAGUUGGAGCGACUGAGUGGGAGAUUCGCGCUGACCUUGAGGUUGUUGGUGGUAAUGGGCUUGGAUAUCUCUAA